AUGAGCGUGGGAGUGGCAGUGCCUCCCGUGGGUGCCACCUCCGCUGUCAUGAGCUAUGCUCAUUGUGCUUCUGGCCGUUGCGUUGUACCUCUCCUCCCUCCCCCCCCACACACUGUCACACACCAGGUGGGAGACGGCAUCAACGACACCCUCGCUCUGGCCCGUGCAGACGUGGGAGUGGCGGUACCUCCCCCGGGUGCCACCUCGGCCGUCAUGAGUGCUGCUGCUGACGCUGCUGACCUCGUGCUGCUCGGAAACCGGCUCACCCAGUCAGUGCCUCCCCCGGGUGCCACCUCUGCCGUCAUGAGUGCUGCUGCCGACGCUGCUGACCUUGUGCUGCUUGGCAACCGACUCACCCAGCUAGUGGAGGCGGUGCAUCUAGCGCGGGCCACAAUGAACAGAGUGCGUCUCAACCUCGCGUGGGCCCUUGCCUACAACUGCCUCGCCGUGCCGCUGGCCGCUGGUGCCUUCCUCCCGGCCUACGACAUCGCUCUCACACCCACCCUCGCUGGGGGGCUCAUGGCUGGGAGCUCUGUGCUGGUGGUGGUCAGCUCGCUGCUGCUGCGACUGCACAAGGCACCGCAGUGA